CCUCGGUACAUAUAUUAGCGGUGUCUUUCCCAAAACAGAAAUUUACGCAGUGGAGCUCUAUUAGAUCAAGCGUUCUUCUAUUUGGUGUUAUGUUAAUGAUGGCAGAGCAAAUUCCAUUUGGUGUUGCUUCCAAUCUCAUUGACAGGUUGGCUUCAGCUGAAUUUCUUGAAUUUGGACAGAAGUAUGAUGUGAUGGAAGAGUUGGAAGAGCUUAAGAACACAAUUGAAUCCAUCAACGAUGUGCUCCUUGAUGCCGAUAAUAAACAAGAACAAGCUCGCGUGCGAAAUUGGAUAAGAAGGUUCAAAAAAGCACUUCAUUAUGCAGAUGACUUCAUAGAUGAUCUUGCUAUUGAGUAUAUGAGACACAACAUGGAUGCAGGACAAGGAAAAGAAGUGACAAAGGUACUUUAUCCCCUUUCAUCUUCAAAUCGAAUUGAUUUUCCCAUCCAAAUGGCUGAUGAAAUAAAGAAAACACGAGAAAGUUUUAAUGAUGUUGUAGAAGACACGUUUAAAUUGAAUUUAAGCCCAAGAACUAUGGUGGUUAAGCAAACUAAUAGUGAAUGGAGGGAGACAGAUUCUGUGUUAGAAUCAAAUAUUGUUGGAAGAAAUGACAGUAGAAAGGAAAUUAUAACUUUGUUGAUGGAAUCACAUAAAAACCAAAAUAUUUCUGUGAUUGCCAUUGUAGGCAUUGGUGGUGUGGGGAAGACAACUCUUGCUCAAUUAAUAUAUAAUGAUUUGGGAGUGCAGAAUUCUUUUGAAAAGCGAAUGUGGGUGUCUGUCUCUGAUAACUUUGAUGUAAAGAUCAUUGUAAGGAAAAUAUUAGAAUCAUGUACUUGUAGCCAAAUUGAAGACAAGUUAUCAUUAGACAACUUGCAAAAAAUGCUACGUGAAGAAUUAAGUGGUAAGAAAUAUUUGCUAGUCCUUGACGACAUUUGGAAUGAAAAUGAUAGCAAGUGGUCUAAAUUGAGAACUUAUUUGAUGUUUGGUGCUCAAGACAGUAAGGUCUUAAUGACAACUCGAAGUGAAAUUGUAGCAAAGACAAUGAGUGCAAGCACUUCCUAUCAUUUGAAUGGUUUGACUGAAGAAGAAUCUUGGAAUCUGUUAAAGAACAUUGCAUUUGAGGAUAAUACCGAAGGAUUGAAUCAAAAUCUAGAAUUAAUUGGUAAAGAGAUAGCGAAAAAAUGUAAAGGGGUUCCAUUGGCAAUUAAAACACUGGGAGGCUUGUUACGAGGACAAAAUGAAGAAAGUGAAUGGGAAGAUGUUUUAAUUGGUGACUUCUGGAAAUUAUCUGAAGAGCAAGACAGUAUCAUGCCAAUUCUAAAACUCAGUUACCAAAACUUGUUGCCUGAAAUGAGACAAUGUUUUGCUUAUUGCUCUUUAUAUCCCAAGGAUUCGAAAAUUUUAAGGGAUGAAUUGAUUCAGUUAUGGAUGGCACAAGGUUACCUCAAAUGUUCAACUAAAAAGAAACACAUGGAAGAUGUCGGUAAUGAAUUUAUAAAUAUUUUUUUGAUGAACUCAUUUUUUCAAGAUCCUGUCAAAAGUAGAUAUGGUGAGAUCACUAGUUUCAAAAUGCAUGAUUUAAUGCAUGAUCUUGCAAUGCUUGUUGCUGGCAAUGAUUAUUGUUUCUUAGAUGAUAAGGCAGAAAAUCUAGAAGGCAGACCUAUGCACGUAUCAUUGGAAUUCAAGGCCAUUCAUUUACUGAAAUCAUUAGAUCCCAGCAGGCUACGAACUUUGAUUUUGAGGGAUGGCAAUGAGGGAGAAUUCUCUGUUAUUUCAAGCUUUAAGUACUUACGCAUCUUGAAGAUGCCGUAUUAUUCUUUACUUGAGUUGUCUGAUUCAAUUGAAAAUUUGAAGCAUUUAAGAUAUCUCCAGUUUUUCCCUGAGGAAGGACAAAUAAGUCUUUUCAAAUCUAUAAGUAAUCUUAUUUGCUUACAAACGUUAAAAUUGGGUCGAUACGACGAUGAAUUUGUUUCACAACUCGUCACAAAAUUAGUCAAUUUAAGAUGCCUUGAUAUUGAUAUUGUUCCUUUGCGAUCCUUAAGGGGGAUGGCAGUUGGGUUGGGAAAAUUGUCUUCGUUGCAAUUCUUAUCCAACUUUCUGGUGGGAGAAAGCCAAAAUAGAAAAUAUGGCACCCUAAAUGAAUUGAAGGACUUAAACCUCAGAGGAGAAUUAACAAUUAACUAUCUGAACAGGGUAAGAGACGCGACUCAGGAAUCACAGGAUGUAAAUUUAAAAGAAAAAGAUCUCCUUCAAUCCCUGUGUCUAAAAUGGCAAGAUGAAGAUGAAAUUGAUUACAGUGACAGCUCACAAUUAUUAAAAAACCUUCAGCCCCACCAUAAUCUUAAGCAAUUGAACGUGCUGGGGUAUCCAGGCAUCGUUUUCCCAAAUUGGCUUUCUUGCCUCACAAAUGUUGUUGAAAUCCAGCUGAAUUGGCUUCUCAAUUGCCGAUGUCUCCCACCGUUGGAACGUCUCCCAUCCCUGAAGUCACUUCGGUUAGACGGUCUUCAUGAAUUGGAAUACAUAUAUCUUGAAGAUGGUUUUGCAGUAACAUUCUUCCCGUCUUUGGAGAUCCUCAAGUUACGUGGUUGUCCCAAUCUUAGGGGAUGGAAGAGACUUGGAGAUGAUAUCAUUGAUUCACAUCAUCACUCCUUACCUCCGUUUCCUUUUAUUUCCCAGCUACAAAUCUCUCUCUGUCCAAAGUUGACUUGCAUGCCUACUUUUCCAAAUGUUGAGGAUUUGUAUUUGCAUGCUUGUGGUGUGGAGCCAUUAAUAGCCACGUUAAACACAACUGCGUCAACAUGUUCAGAUGACUCGUCUUCCUACACUGCUCCUCUUUCCAUGCUCAAACGCCUGUGCUUUUAUCAUCAUCCUCUAAAUUUACCAAAGCGUUGGAUGCAAAAUCUGACUUCUCUCGGGUUUCUUAAACUUGGAUGGUCUGAAAGUGAAGCACUUGAGGAAUUUGAAACUUGUUUUAAUGACAACACCAACUGCCUUACUUCUCCACGACAAAUAAUCAUAAGACUAUGUAAAAACCUAAAGACUUUGCCAGAUUGGAUUUGCAACAUCUCAUCACUUGAGCAUAUCAAGAUCUCCGAUUGCCCAAAUUUGGCAUCGCUGCCCGAAGGAAUUACUCGUCUUACCAACUUAAAGAUCUUUGAGGUCAGGAAUUGUUCGCUCUUACUUAAAGAAUGCCGAACAAAAACGAGUGUUGUUAGCACCCAAAUUGCACACAUCCCAGAAAUCAUCCUUAGCGGUAAAGUUGUCAACAGUUUGUGGUGGGUGCCAAAUAUGGCAAAUACUAUAAGGAAGGGUGAUGAGCCUGUGUCUGGUGAAGGGACAGUUUUACAAAAGCUUAAUCUAUGCAACAUUGGAGGCCUUAUUUGUUGGGUAGAAGUUUCGUAUUCAGAUCAAAAGAGUUUGGGGCAUCUUUUACAGCAGCAUAUCACCAUUGUGGCCCAACAGAAUUGGCUGGCAAAGCUCUUGGGCUAUCAGUUUGAGAUUAUAUACAAGCCUGGUCCUGAGAAUAAAGCUGUGGACUCCUUGUUUAGAAUGUUUGAAGAUGGCGAGUUAAGGCAGAUUGCCUCUUUUUCCGUUUGGUUACAGGACCAGCACAUUAGCAAGGAAAAAGAAUCUUACCCUUUCUUGAAACAGGUGGAGCAUGACUUAUUGCAGGAUGCUCAUUCUCGUCCUGGGUUCAGUUUAUAG